AUGGACAUUGCACAAAAUGUAGGAGAAGCGUUGCUCGACCAUAAUUAUGCCAAUUUAGAUAGGCAAAUUAUACAACAGCAUUUAGUUGACCACAUCUACAACAUGCCAGUUCAAGAUGAUUCGAGUUCUGAAAGUGAAGUUGAAGGUAAAAAUCAUGAAAUGGAAGAUAUAGAUAUACCAAUAGGAAUUCACACUACUUAUAGAUGCAUUCCAGGGGUCCACGACAAGUCUAAUGUUUACAUAGACAAUCUCCAUUACAAAUAUUACAAGAAGAGCGUCGUUAGAAAUAAAAUGUACCUUAUUUGUGAAAAGCAAAGGAAUAAAAAACCUGAUGAAUUCUGUUCAGCCACAGCAAUAGUUAAUUUAGAUGAUGCUGAGAACCACAUUCAUGUUCAACCUGGUGGACACAAUCAUGAUGUGGUUGAAAAAGAUUUAAAUAUGCCCUUCCUUAGGAGAGAUAUAGGUAGAAAGGCAAUACAAUUAGGAUCCAUGUCAGUCCCUAGCAGGCAUUUAUACAAUGAAGAAAUUGUUAAUCAUCCCCUCGGUGCUUACAAUUACACAUUUCUUCAAGCCAAGAUGAGAUGCAAGAGAAUGCGCAAGAAUCAGCGACCAAAGAUUCCAAGAACGAUACAAGAAUUUGCGCAACAACUUAAUAUGCCAGAAAAUAACGCCUAUAGCACAACCCUCCAAGAACAGCCAUCUGUAUUCUUCCAACAACCACUGAUUGUUGGUGGUGUUUAUGUUGGAGUUAUUUUUCCCAAUUUAAACUUUGUGAAUAGAUUUCAAGAGGAACUAGGCCAGGUGACGUCUUCGGGUUGUGAUGGUACAUUCAAAACUGUACCCAGUAGUCCUAAACAGUUACGGAAUGGUACACUUAUGACAUUUCAAGUGGUUUACGAAAAUGCUUCAUUUCCAAUGGUCUAUGCCCUGUUGUCCAGUGGCAGUGCCACAGAAGAAACAUUUACAGCAUUUUUUAGAGUAAGAGCCGACUCCAAUUUUUGCUGGUUCCAUUACUGCCAAUCAAUAGUAAGGUAUUGCCGUCGAAAAUACAAUUUGGUGUACAAUUUGAUCAGGACAAAUGAAAUUGUUAUACGCAUGGUUUUAGCAUUGGCUCAUCUUCCAGCUGCAAGAGGUCAUCCAAAUUGUCGAUAUUUCUGCAUUGAAGAUGGAUUUAGGCAAAUAAUGGAAUAUGUCCAACAAUAUCCAGAUAUUUAUCUACAAAUGCAAAACUUUUUAAUAGGUUACAUACAGAACUUUUGGCUUCGUACAGUUGGGCCAAAUAAGAUAAGUGUAUAUGGUAGUGAAGUAAGGACAAAUAAUUAUCUGGAGUCCUUUCAUGCUCAGCUAUUGAGGUAUAUUGGCAAGCAUCCAAACAUCUGGGACUUUAUACAAAAACUCAGAAUAUUGGAAAAUCAAUUUUAUGUUGAAUUUAUUCAGGCUAGCAGACAUUUAACGAUCAGAGAUCCCGCUAGUAGACUUAAUUGUGCUAGCAAUAGUUUGCUUUUACGUACAGCUAUUAAGCAACUCAAUGAAGAUGGUGAUGUGUUGUCUUGCCUUAAGAGGAUGGGUAAUGCUAAUGCAGAUUAUUUGAGAAGGGAGUUGGGUCCACGCCCUCCUCAAUAG